UCCUGACAUAAACCACACAAGAGCAACGUCUAGAAAUAUUAACUCCAACAGUUCGAAGAUGGCAAAAAAUACUUCUGGUGAUAGGAACUAUUCUGGGAUGAAGAGGAUUAAGAAAGGAGAUGCUGAAGAGAAGAAUAUCUAUGCCAAUACAGACAAUAUAAACAUUCACAAUCUCUGCGGAGGAACAGAAGAAACCACGAGAAACCAAACAUCUCAACACACAGACAUCGAGACUGUGAGGUUGAAGAUGAAAUGUUACAGAUCAGUUACAGUGUGUUUGGUGCUGCUGUGUGUUCUUCUACUGACUGCAGUCACAGUGCUGUGUGUCCUCAUCAAUACAAAUAAUCACCAGUUUAACAUCAAGAACAAAAACCUCACAGAAGAGAGAGACCAGCUACUAACCAAAUAUACCGACAUCACAGAAGAGAGAGACCAGCUAAUAACCAACAAUACCAACCUCACAGAAGAGAGAGAUAAAUUAAUUGCCAAGUGCAAUUAUAUCUCUAAACUAAGUGAAGAAUGGAAUCAGAAGAUAAAUGGACUGUUGACAGAUGGAUGGAUUAACUAUAAGUUCAGUUUGUACUUCAUUUCAUCUGAGAAGAAGAGCUGGAGUGAGAGCAGAAGAUACUGUAGAGAGAGAGGAGCAGAUCUGAUCAUCAUUAACAACAAAGAGGAACAAGGAAUGGACAGAAUGGAGAUGAUGGUGGACAUCUAUGAAAGUGGAGACGACUUUAGGACACAGCCAGACUCCAAUACAAACAGACAACAACCACUUCAGUCUACAGGAAGUGAGUGUGUGAUGAACAGAAGUUACAGAUCAGUUACAGUGUGUUUGGUGCUGCUGUGUGUUCUUCUACUGACUGCAGUCAUAGUGCCGUGUGUCCUCAUCAAUACAAACAAUCAACAGUUUAACAUCAAGACCACAAACAUCACAGAAGUGAGAGACCAGCAACUAACUAAACAUACCAACAUCAAAGAAGAGAGAGAUCAGCUACUAACCAAAUAUACCAACAUCACAGAAGAGAGAGACCAGCUACUAACCAAAUAUACCAACAUCAUAAAAGAGAGAGACGAAUUAAUGGCCAAAUACAAAAAUAUUAUUAAACAAAGUGAACAAUUGAAUCAGGAGAAAAAUGAGCUACGGACACGUUUCAAUGAUGGAUGGAUUCAAUAUCGAUUCAGUAUUUAUUUAUUUUCAUCUGAGUGGAAGAGCUGGAGUGAGAGCAGAAGUUACUGUAGAGAGAAAGGAGCAGAUCUGAUCAUCAUUAACAACAAAGAGGAACAAGAUUUUGUUCAGAAAAUUUCUGGUACAGCAUUAAGCUGGAUUGGUUUGACUGACAGUGUUGAGGAGGCCAGAUGGAAAUGGGUUGAUGGCAGCAUACUGACCUCUAGCUUCUGGAUAUCUGGAGAACCCAAUGGUGGUGCAGCAGAGAAUUGUGCUCUAAUAGGUCCAUCAGAUUGGGCUGAUUACCCCUGCAGUAAUGCUUAUAUAUACAUCUGUGAAAAGAACAUUUAUAAAUAUGGAUGGAUUAACUAUAAGUCCAGUUUGUACUUCAUUUCAUCUGAGGAGAAGAGCUGGAGUGAUAGUAGAAGUAACUGUAGAGAGAGAGGAGCAGAUCUGAUCAUCAUUAACAACAAAGAGGAACAAGAUUUGUUUAAGAAUAGAUCUGAAGCAGACAGCAUCUGGAUUGGUUUGUCUGACAUUGAUGAGGAGGGCAAAUGGAAAUGGGUUGAUGGAAGCACACUGACCACUAGCUUCUGGGACAAAGUUUUAUAUAAAGAGCCCAAUGGUGGUAAAGGAGAGAACUGUGCUGUGUCUUAUGCACCAGGAUGGGCUGAUAUCCUCUGUACUCGUACUUUUAAAUGGAUCUAUGCUGUGAUAAAAAGCAACCAGGACACCACAUCUGCAGUGACAGGAUGGGGGAAGAAUCAGAAGACUGAGAUUCAGGCAAUGGACAGAAUGGAGAUGAUGGUGGACAUCUAUGAGAGUGGAGACGACUUACGGACACAGACAGACUCAAAUACAAACAAACAACAACCACUUCAGUCUACAGGAAGUGAGCGUGUGAGGAUGAGAAGUUCAGUUACAGUGUGUUUGGUGCUGCUGUGUGUUCUUCUACUGACUGCAGUCAUAGUGCUGUGUGUCCUCAUCAAUACAAACAAUCAACAGUUUAACAUCAAGACCAAAAACAUCACAGAAGAGAGAGACCAGCUACUAACCAAAUAUACCAACAUCACAGAAGAGAGAGACCAGCUACUAACCAAAUAUAUCAAUAUCACAGAAGAGAGAGACCAGCUACUAACCAAAUAUACCAACAUAAUAGAAGAGAGAGAUGAAUUAAUGGCCAAAUACAAAAAUAUUAUUAAACAAAGUGAACAACUGAAUCAGGAGAAAAAUGAGCUGCGGACACGUUUCAAUGAUGGAUGGAUUCAAUAUCGAUUCAGUAUUUAUUUAUUUUCAUCUGAGUGGAAGAGCUGGAGUGACAGCAGAAGAUACUGUAGAGAGAGAGGAGCAGAUCUGAUCAUCAUAAACAACAAAGAGGAACAAGAUUUUGUUCAGAAAAUUUCUGGUACAGACAUCAUCUGGAUUGGUUUGACUGACAGUGAUGAGGAGGCCAGAUGGAAAUGGGUUGAUGGCAGCACACUGAGCUACAGGAACUUUUCUGGGAUGAAGGCGAUUGAAGAGAAGAAUAUCUAUGCCAAUGUAGAAGAUAAAACUGACAAUGUCUGUAGAAGAACAGAAGACUCGGACACAACUGGAAACAAAACUUUCCAUCACACGGGAAGUGAACGUGUGAUGAAUAGAAGUAACAGAUCAGUUUCAGUGUGUUUGGUGCUGCUGUGUGUUCUUCUACUGACUGCAGUCAUAGUGCUGUGUGUCCUCAUCAAUACAAACAAUCACCAGUUUAACAUCAAGACCAAAAACCUAUCUGAAGAGAGAGACCAACUACUAACCAAAUAUACCAACAUCACAGAAGAGAGAGAUGAAUUAAUUGCCAAGUACAAUAAUAUCACCAAACUAAGUGAACAAUGGAAUCAGACGAUAAAUGGACUGUUGACAGGUCUUUAUGAUGGAUGGAUUAACUAUAAGUCCAGUUUGUACUUCAUUUCAUCGGAGAAGAAGAGCUGGAAGGAGAGCAGAAGAUACUGUAGAGAGAGAGGAGCAGAUCUGAUCAUCAUUAACAACAAAGAGGAACAAGAUUUGUUUAAGAAUAGAUCUGAAGCAGACAGCAUCUGGAUUGGUCUGACUGACAGUGAUGAGGAGGACAGAUGGAAAUGGGUUGAUAACAGCACACUGACCACUAGAUUGAGGAUGGCCAGAAAUACUUCUGAUGAUAGGAACUUUUCUAGGAUGAAGGCUAUUAACAGAGGAGAUGCUGAAGAGAAAAACAUCUAUGCAAAUACCACGAGAAACCAAACAUCUCAACACACAGGAAGUGAGCGUGUAGUGAGAUGUUACAGAUCAGUUUCAGUGUGUUUGGUGCUGCUGUGUGUUCUUCUACUGACUGCAGUCAUAUUGCUGUGUGUCCUGAUCUAUACAAACAAUCGACAGUUUAAUAUCAAGACCAAAAACAUCACAGAAGAGAAAGACCAGCUACAAACCAAAUAUACCAACAUCACAAAAGAGAGAGACCAGCUACUAACUAAAUAUACCAACAUCACAGAAGAGAGAGACCAGCUACUAACCAAAUAUAUCAAACUCAAAGAAGAGAAAAAACAGCUAAUAACCAAAUAUACCAACGUCACAGAAAAGAGAUUAGAUGGAUGGAUUUACUAUCAAUCUAGUUUGUACUUCAUUUCAUCUGAGGAGAAGAGCUGGGGUGAGAGCAGAAGAUACUGCAGAGAGAGAGGAGCAGAUCUGAUCAUCAUUAACAACAAAGAGGAACAAGAUUUUGUUAUCAACAUGUCUACAUUGGGCGUCUGGAUUGGUUUGUCUGACAUUGAUGAGGAAGGCAGAUGGAAAUGGGUUGAUAACAGUACACUGAACUAUAGAUCCUGGGGGUCUGGAGAACCCAACAGUAAUGGAGCAGAAGAAGACUGUGUCAUGUUUUAUUCACUAGGGUGGGCUGAUUACCCAUGCGCUGCAGCUUUUAAAUGGAUUUUGCUAAAAACAGAGCCAAAGAGCAGGGCGACUAACAAAGAUCUACAAAACAACAUGAACACACGUGUGCUCAAGUCUGAGAUUCAGGAUGGAUGGAUUUACUAUAAGUCCAGUUUGUACUUCAUUUCAUCUGAGAAGAAGAGCUGGAGUGACAGCAGAAGAUACUGUAAAGAGAAGGCAGCAGAGCUGAUCAUCAUUAACAACAGAGAGGAACAAGAUUUUAUUAUGAAUAAAUAUGAUAAGGACGGACACUGGAUUGGUUUGUCUGACAAUGAAGUGGAGGGCAGAUGGAAAUGGGCUGAUGGCACCGCACUGAACUUUGUGUAA